GUGUCCUUUUGAGGAAGUACCCUAGAGACGCACAAAGCCAGCCCGUGCUAGGACACCUCAGGAGGGGACUGCAGCUUCCAAGGAGCUUGUAAAACUGACCAUGUCAGAGACCCCCAGGACCACCUUUGGAGGCAGGAGAGCUGUCCCCCCCAACAACUCCAAUGCCGAAGAGAACGACCCCCCCACUAUGGAGCUGCAGGGCCUGGUGCCCCGAGGCGUCAACCUGCAAGACUACCUUAAUGUCAAGAGUGUUCACCUGUUCAAGGAGAGAUGGGACAGCAACAAAGUGGAUCAUCACACUGACAAGUAUGAUAACAACAAGCUAAUUGUACGUAGAGGACAGCCUUUCUACAUCCAGAUUGACUUCAAUCGUCCGUACGACCCCCGAAGAGAUCUCUUCAGGGUGGAAUACGUCAUUGGGCGCUACCCUCAAAAAAACAAAGGAACCUACAUUCCCGUUCCUGUCGUUUCGGAGCUGCGAAGUGGCAAGUGGGGGGCCAAAGUCAUCACGAGAGAGGACAGGUCUGUCCGGCUGUCCAUCCAGUCCUCUCCGGAGUGCAUUGUGGGGAAAUUCCGCAUGUACGUUGCCAUCUGGACUCCCUACGGAAUAAUCCGCACCAGCCGGAACACAGAAACGGACACGUACAUUCUCUUCAAUCCUUGGUGUGAAGGGGAUGCUGUGUACCUAGAAGACGAGAAAGAAAGGGAAGAGUAUGUCCUGAAUGACAUCGGGGUUAUUUUUUAUGGAGACGUCAAUAACAUCAAGGCUAGAAGCUGGAGCUAUGGCCAGUUCGAGGAUGGCAUCCUGGAUGCUUGCCUGUAUAUGAUGGACAGAGCAGAGAUGGACCUUUCAGGCCGAGGGAAUCCCAUCAAAGUCAGCCGUGUUGGGUCUGCAAUGGUUAAUUCCAAAGAUGAUGAAGGAGUCAUUGUUGGAUCCUGGGAUAAUAUCUAUGCCUAUGGUGUCCCCCCAUCAGCCUGGACUGGAAGCAUUGAUAUUCUGUUGGAGUAUCAGAGUUCAAAGAAUCCAGUUCGUUAUGGUCAGUGCUGGGUUUUUGCUGGUGUCUUUAACACAUUUUUGCGAUGCCUUGGGAUACCAGCAAGAGUUGUUACCAAUUAUUUCUCAGCCCAUGAUAAUGAUGCCAAUUUGCAAAUGGAUAUCUUCCUGGAAGAAGAUGGGAAUGUAAACUCCAAACUCACAAAGGAUUCAGUGUGGAACUACCACUGCUGGAAUGAAGCCUGGAUGACGAGGCCUGAUCUUCCUGUUGGAUUUGGAGGCUGGCAAGCCGUGGACAGCACCCCACAGGAAAACAGUGAUGGGAUGUAUCGGUGUGGUCCGGCCUCUGUUCAAGCCAUUAAGCAUGGUCAUGUUUGCUUCCAGUUUGAUGCACCCUUCGUUUUUGCAGAGGUCAACAGUGAUCUUGUUUACAUUACAGCAAAGAAAGAUGGCACUCAUGUGGUAGAAGCUGUUGAUACCACCCACGUUGGGAAAUUAAUUGUGACAAAACAAGUUGAAGGAGAUGGCAUGAAAGAUAUUACUGAUACCUACAAAUUCCAAGAAGGUCAAAAAGAAGAGAGGCUGGCCCUCGAAACUGCCCUGAUGUACGGGGUUAAAAAACCCCUCAACACAGAAGACAUCGUGAAGUCAAAGUCUGACGUAGAUAUGGACUUUGAAGUGGAAAAUGCCGUGCUAGGAAAAGACUUCAAGCUCACCAUCACCUUCCAGAACAAGAGCCCCAACACUUACACCAUCUCAGCCUAUCUCUCUGGCAACAUCGUCUUUUACACUGGGGUCUCCAAAGAGGAAUUCAAGAAGGAAACAUUCGAAGUGACCCUGCAGCCUUUGUCCUUCAAGAAAGAGGAGGUGCUGGUCAGAGCCGGAGAGUACAUGGGCCAGCUGCUGGAGCAAGCAUCCCUGCACUUCUUUGUCACCGCUCGUGUCAAUGAUACUGGGGAUAUUCUAGCGAAGCAGAAGUCCACUGUGCUGACGAUCCCCAAGAUCAUCAUCAAGGUCCGUGGAGCUAAAAUGGUUGGUUAUGACAUGGUUGUGACCGUUGAGUUCACCAAUCCUUUAAAUGAAACUCUGCAAAAUGUUUGGAUACGCCUGGAUGGUCCUGGAGUGAUAAAACCAAUGAGGAAGAUGUUCCGUGAAAUUCGGCCCAACUCCACUGUGCAAUGGGAAGAAGUGUGUCGGCCUUGGGUCUCCGGCCCCCGGAAGCUGAUAGCCAGCAUGACCAGUGACUCCCUGAGACAUGUGUAUGGCGAGCUGGAUUUGCAGAUUCAAAGACAACCUUCUGCCUAACUGCACUGGAGGCUGAGAUGCAACCAGGCACUUGGCCUCUUGUAGUCUUGCCUAAAGAAAUUCUAAUACAAAAAUAGUUAGCUCUUGCUUUAUCUUAGGUGUGAAGACCUAGAGAGGACUGGAUAGGGCACCAAAGGGGGAAUGCAAAGACACACUUUCCAAACCCAGGCUAUUCAGAGAGGAAGUUAGUUUGUAAUGGCUUCACCUUCCAAAGGAUUCUGAGCAUUAGCUUUAAUUAAGCCCUAAUUAAGCUCUCAUAGAUCAUAAGAGUAAAAGUCAUCAUUUAUCAUCGCAAACGGCUGCAGCUUCAAAUAUCAGAGGAUUCCCUUAGAAAGUGGAUUCGCUUAAUACCUGGCCUCAUGUAAGACUUCUGGUCCCGCAUUCAGCCUUUAAGUGUAACAUACUCCCCCCAAAUGAGGGAAGCACAUGAGUUGAGCCCUAGCAUUCUAUUCUCCUUUCAUAGAAACAGGCUCUGCCCUCUAUGUCAGAGUAUUUUUCCCAUGGAUUGAGUACAACAUCAUUUGUCUUCUUGGCAAAGCCAGGGAGAGGUCUUUCAUCUUGCACCUGCAGCAAAGCAACUGCCUGCCAAAUUUCACAGAUUUACCUUGUGAAAAGAUGUGGCCCCAUAUUAACAAAUUGCAUUUUUGAGAAACUUAAUCAUCUAGGAGGAGCUAAGAAAGCAGGUGCAAUAUUUAUAUCUAUUAAAUAAUGUAGUUUUAUGGUGCCCUUUAUAGGAGGUGUCACACCAUGGCCUGAUGAGCAGGGACCAAUAGCCCUUACUUUAACCCUUUCUGGGCUGUGGUACAGGCAUAUUUCAGGGGCGUUGCAGGUUCCACUCCGGACUGCCUCACUAAGUGAUUAUCCCAAUAAAACAAAUUGUAAUCUUUGUGGUGGUGGAGGGUCUUGCCUUCAAUUUGUAAAAAAAUGUAAGUAUGCCUGUACUAUAAAGUGAUGAGGCUGGCUUGGGACGGGAGGACUGAGGAAUUAGUCUCUUUAAUUAGUGAUUAUACUUCACCUGUCUCUACAGGAUCAUCUUUGCGUACUGAUUCAGACCCAGGUACAUUUUUAGAGAUAGAAUAAGAAUAAGCCCAACAAUUUGGAUAAGCUGGCAGAGUAAGUGACCAAGCAUGUGGGAGGAUGGGCAGCCACUAAGUCUCUCGUGUCCUUCACAUUACCCAUGUGGAGACCUCAGCCCAUCACUCAGGUGCUGAGAGGUAAAAUCCACCUUGCAAAUAGCCAGCAGUACUGCAGACCCUAUCAUUUGUAUUGUGCUCCAAGGUUUCAACAGACAAGCCUGCUGGGUAUUUAUUUGCAAGACUGAUUCAUGGUCAGAAUUAUCCACUGGUAUGCCUAGGGUGUGAGUUAGAUCAAUAGAUUGUGAUUCUUAACAAAUAAAAAAACAGCAGGAACAAACCUGAGGGAGAAACAAGAGUGGAAUUCUCUGGUCUAUAUAACCACAUUUCAAGCCUUCGAGACUAUUCCUGAGCCUUCAGCGCCAGGAAUCCAUGAGGGUAGCUGGUCCCCAUAGGAACACCAUACUAACUCUAUUAAGUAAUCACCCAGCAUUUGCCAAGCCUUCCAAUAUCCAAUUUUAAAAUUAAAUGCAUUUUGCUAGACUGUUAAACUGGCUUAACAUAGUAUGUUCUUAUUAUCUA